CGCAGGGGAGUCAAACCGUCAGUUUAUGAGGUUGAAGUCCCACCUCAGCGCGACGAGAGUCCAUCCCCGGAAGUGGAAGAGGUGGCAGCGAAGACCCGCGAGACGAGUUAGCGGAUCUGCUGGAACUGCCGGAAACCUGGUCAUGGUUUCCGGGACUGUAUGUCCGGGACGAGAAGCAUUUUUGCUUUAGGUGCGGCAAACCUGACACUUUUAGCCCGCAAUGCGUAAAUUAUCCGGGAAACACCUGGGCGAACGCGAUGAAGCCGGGGCAGACGCGUUCGGAGGCGAGACCCGACCAGAAGCCGGAGUGGCGUGCAAACAGGAGCAAGUAGAGGAUGAGACUGCGAAUGGAGAACAUAAGUUUAGUAGUGUAACAAGUAGGUUAAGGAGAAACUUAGUGGAUGAAGAAGAAACGAACACCUUAGUGAAAGGAAGAACACUAAGAGGCUUGCCAUAUGGAGAACGUGUUCGGGCAUACAUGUCGGCCCGAAAUAGAAUUUUUGGUGAGCGGCAGUGUGAAGGGAUGACACUGGCCACGAAACGCGUCAUAAAGGCAGGCGCUCGUUUUCGUCCACGAAGGAUAACGAGGAGGCAAAUCGUGGAAACAGUUCGGAGAGUGGAGAACACCGAUCCCCGAGUUUUUGUAGACGUCGUCAUCGGUGGACAAGUUUUUAAAGGCCUUCUGGACUCCGGCGCAUGCGUUAGUCUUAUGGGGCGAGGAUGCCGAGAGCUGGUCAGUAAGAUGAACUGGAAUGUUCAGCCGUACGCGUCCAAGGUCACCACUGCUGCAGGAGCCAGCCGACCGAUCCUAGGAUGAGUUAAUCUGCCGGUGUCAUAAGGCGACAAGUCGGAGCAAAUAGCUUUCUUCAUGUGCCCCGAUUUAAAACAGGAGAUUUAUUUGGGCAUCGAUUUCUGGAGAGCGUUUAACA